AUGGACCUGAGUCGGGCCCGGCUGGCAGCACUGGUGCGGCAGGACGCGGAGGAGCGGCGCAGGGCGAGGCUCACAACUCGUCUGCAGCACCUGACGGCCGCCGCCAUCUCCCUCCAACACCUGGAGCGCUACCUCGCCCCACUGGAGUCACCCUACCUGACUGCAGCCGCUUGCGGCGGCAGCGGCGGCGGCUCGUCUCCUUCCUCCUCCCCCGCUUCCUCCUCCUCCAUCUACACCGCCAUGCGCGGUCCGCUGGCAUGGGGAUGGGACGGCCUCCGCUGCGCGACAGCGUUACGUCGCAUGGCGCUGGCGUAUGCCGCCGCACGAGCGGAGCCCCCAGGCGCCUCGCCGCAAGAGCAGCUCGCGGAGGUCGACCCAGGGGUCAUUGCGGCGUUGCGGCAGGCCGGCGGCGCGUCGGCGGCGGCGGUGGAGGCGCCGGGGGUGCUGUCUGCAUGCAAGGACGCGGCGGCGCGGAACGAGGUGGAGUUGCUGCAAGCGCACAUUUGGAAGACGUUAUCGUGCGGGUUGCAGUAUUGCGUUGAUAGGGUGCCGGCGGAUGUCGCGAACAGCGUUGGCGCCGGUGGCAGCGAUAGCGGCGUUGGUGGUCCUGCUGCUGCUGGCCCUGCUGCUUCGCUGCACCGGCUGCUGAUGAGUGACUGGGUGGUGUUGCAUGUACGGCACCCCAAGCUGCGAGAUGCGGAGCUGCUGCCGCUGGCGGCACAGGUGUAUGUGGAAGCAGGCCUGCGCCCUCCCCUGGACUGCCCCCUGCCCGGCCGCGAGACCUCCCCACUGUCCCCCCUGCCGGUGCCCCUCAGCGGUGCUGGCAUGCUAGACAGCGCGGCACUCGCAGAGUGCUGCCUUGGCGGCGGCGGCGGCGGCUCGCCCGGAGGUGCCCCCGCAGCAGGCCAUGAGGGGACACAGGGGGCAGGGCAACAGCAGCAGCAACAGCUGACUACUGCGGCUGGGGCUGCAGGAGCAGCAGCAGGGGCAGGCGGUGGUGGUAAUGCCGGGGGCGCAGCAGCAGCAGGGGGCGCAGCCGCAGCAAGUCGGCUGGUGUUGGCGGUGCCCCGCUGCGGGGCCACGUUGGUGCUGUGCGAGUCGCUUGACGUGUGGAGCUGUGGGGUGUGUGCACGCAGGUACUCCCUCGCCCCCAACCGGCGGCCGCAGGUUCCCAUCUCGCCCGCGGUGCCCUUCUGCCUCUACUGUGGCGUGCGGUUGCGGGCGGGCGUCAGCGGCGACAGCUUCAUCCUGCAACCCGCACUGCCGCCGGCUGGGGAGCUGGGGCUGGGGCUGUGAGGGCGCUUGUGGGGCGGUGGUGGGGUUGCGGGAGGAGGGAGGUUGAGGAGGGGGAAUACCGGUAGCAGCUUGGGAGGAGGUUUCCGCGGGGGUUUAUACGGUAGGUGCUGGCCACUUGUUGCUUCCAUGGUGUGUGAAUUGGAUACGGUGAAUGGGAUGGAACACACGGGGUAUUGAUGAGGCGCGUACCUCAUGGUGAGACGGCGAGUUGGAAUGGAAAUAGCGUGAACAUUGGGUAGUAGCACCUAAGCAGAUGCAGUUGUGUCGUUGGUGGACUACGUAGGUACUUGAGUUGGCUUUGACGCGGGAAGCUUGUGACGCGUCGCCCUGUGCACAAUGGACGUUGCAGAACCCUUCUUGCAUGCCCUCUUGCUAGCAGGUCACACGAUCCGACCGAUGCAUUACGCCGAUGCAUUGGUCCCCUUAACCGUGCAGUGUGCUUACCGUCACUGGAUAACUGGAAGGGUACCAUCGUGUUCAUGACUGUGCACGUCACUUUGCUUGUCAAGCUGCUAGGAAGUUUGGCAGACGAAACUGGUACGCCUUUACUAGUAAAGCAAGCAAAGCGGUAUAUGUGUUACACCAUCUUGUAUGCAAUCAUCCCGGACCAUGCCAGCCUAAGAAGAGCAUCCGACUUCAUGAUGAUUUGAUGACCCGCGGAGCUGGAGUUCCAUGCUAUACUUGUUUUCUACUUUGCACAAGGACGUCGAUAGAAAUGACUCUUAUGUAAUGCUUGCACUUAACCUCCUCUAAAAGGCUGAAUACAGCGAGCAUAGAAGAGUAACCACUGUAGAGAUAUCUUGAAAUAAGGACAGGUUUGUGCGCUCUGGACAAUUCUUAAUAAUGCCAACCAUGACGGGCUUUCGUAAGUUCUGGCUGAUGCUGCUUAGCGAAGGUCACCCAUUCCAUGCCCGCUAAGGAACCGUGAUCUGGCUGUGCAGGCCAUGCUCCCGUCAGUAAAGGGCUAGUACUCAUAACAGCGGGCGCAUCUAUUUUAGCUCAAGCUACGCGAGCAUCUCGGCGCAGGCAACUGCUGCCGGGCAUCCUGGCUCAGGCGUUUGUCUUCCGCAGCCCAGCUGAGCUCUUCUUUGGAGCUCUAGUCAUGUACUACUUCCGCAUCUUAGAGCGCGAGUCCGGCUCACCCAAGUUUGGUGCCUUCGCGGCCACCACCACCGGCCUAGCCGCAGCCCUGCAGUGGGCCGCCGGCAGGAGCGGGCUGCUGCGGCUGGCUGCCCCCGCCUCGGGCCCCUACGGCUUCCUGUUUGCCUGCUUCGUGCAGUACUUCUUCCAGGUCCCGCCCGCCAGCAAGAUGUCGGUGCUGGGCUGGAGGCUGAGCGAUAAGGUGUUCCUGUACCUGAUCGGCAUGCAGCUGCUGCUCAGCGGCGGGCCCGCCUCGCUGCUGGCGGGGGGCGCGGGGCUGGUGGCGGGGCUGGCGUACCGGGGGAACCUGCUGGGCAUGAAGAGGAUGAGGUUCCCCGCCUUCCUCACUCGCUUCCUCGCCUCCACGCUGGGAGCCCUGUUGGGCAGCAGCGACAGCAGCCCCGCAGCAGCAGCAGCAGCAACUCCCUCCCACGCGCAACCCCCCGCAGCAGCACAACAGCAACAGCAGGGAGGGCCCGCUGCAGGUGGGAGAAGAGGCGCAGCAGCUGGGGCUGCUGCGGCUGCGGCUGCUGGGGCCGCCGGAGCCGCUAGCGGCCUAGCAACAGGGGCAGCGGGUGCUGGUGGUGCUGGCGGUGGCGGUAGUGAUGCACUGCCGGCUGCUUCUCGAGAGGCGGUGGAGCAGUUGGUGGGCAUGGGGUUCGCGGAGGGGGCGGCGGAGCGGGCACUGCAGCUCGCGAACAAUGACGUGCAGCAAGCCAUUGGGCUGCUGCUGAACAUGUAGAAGGGGGGCGGUAGGGGCCAUGGAGUGCAGGAAUACGAUAGGAUGAUUCACGGCGGGGCUGUGUGUAUUGAUGUCAGCGCAUUAAUGAACGCUGAACAUGCAGGGGAGUUCCCGGUAAGAACAUGGGAGUUAUUCAGCCCGUUCAACACGUUCAAGCUGGAUAUGGGAGUUCAGGAACAACUGAGAUGCGGGGAAGUAAGUAGAUGCACAGGGGUUUGGGAGUGCGGGUCGAGGGGCGCUGGUUGCGGUAGCAGGGAUGCAGGGGUAUGGGGAAGAUGGCGGAGAGGGCAGGGAAGACAAAGCAUUGAAGGCAUAAAGGGCUUGGUUGCGGUGCAGGCUGGAGAGGUGCGCUGGGAGGUUUGGACGGAUGAGGUUUCGACAAAGGGAGAGCUUUUGCGACACAUGCAGUUGGAACGCACGGCGGGUGGGGUGUAUUGGGAUGCGGCAGGGGUGUAUUGCCGCAUGAAGGCAUGAUCAGGGUAUAUGAAGCCGUCCGGUUCGGGGCUUGGCUGCAGGGCUGUAAUGCGCCUCUACUGUGUCUCAAGCUAGUGCCUUGUGAAGUAAAAGAUUAACGUUCAACCUUUUGACUGUUUGUGAAGGUGAAGGGUAAAACGUGAUAGGAAAAUGUGCCGUCGUGAAUGUGCAGAACGACGGGAUUGGUCGUACACUCUGAAACCUUCGGCCAUGCUCAUGAACUCUACUUUACUUGCAUUGCUUUCCAUUCCUUCGAGGGCGCAACAUACAAGUAACAUCCAAGUCGCCGAAUUCCAUAUGGGGCUCCUCGCCCCUCAAGGAUCACAUGCGCCUGGGCCCGCAGGAGCAGCUGCAGCAGCAGGGGCCGCAGCAGCAGCAGUACGAGGGCCCAGCUGCUGCAUGGCACCCGGGCGGCCCAGAAUCCUUGCUUGAAACCGCCGCCGGACGAGCCGCCGGCGACGAAGCGGUGCUUCGGCUCAGAGGCGGUGCACGCAGUAAGCGCAAGACACCGGCACGGGGCUCUGGCGCCGCCGCUGCAGCUGAAGGAGUGGUGGCUGCAAACAAUGGUGAAGCUGCUGCUGCUGCUGCGGAGGCUGCUGCAGGCGAAGGCACAGGGACCGGGGCUGCUGCCGGAGCUGCUCAGGCAGCACCGGAUCAGUCUGCGGAGGGCAUCAAAGCAGAGGCAGCUUCCCCUUCCUCCUCCCCGACAGGCGCCAAGCCCGGGGUAGUGCUGGCGGCUCUGGCCUCAGCGGCGGCAGCCACCGCGGCAGCAUGCGGGCGGGUGGUCACGGCAGUAGCAGCAAGGCUGGGGGCGAGUCCGGGACACGGUGCGACUACUGCUACCGGGGCUACCGCUGCUGAGAACACAAUGGCCGCGGAGGAUGCGCCGCCGGCAAAACGCCCUAGGCGGGAGUCGGCUGCUGCCAGCAAAGCUGCUGCUGCGGCCGCUACUGCUCCUGCUGCUGCGGCGGCUGGGCCUUCCACCGCCGCAGCCGCUGCUGGCAUCGCGGGGGGCGGUGAGGUUGCAGUGAAGGUGGAGAACGGCGCUGACGGCUCGGGAGCAGCAGCGGUGGGGGCAGCGGGCUCCAGCGGCGGUGUUGCGGGUGGUGGAGAGGCGGCUGGGCGGGG